AUGCACCUGAAAAAAUGGUUUGGCAAUAAAAACCUAUUACUUUUUUGCCGUUCUCCUUUCGUCGCCGUGGUCGUUGGUGUUGUUGUCAUCAAUAAAUAGUGCUACCAUGGUGACGUGACGUCAUACUUCUCCUCGGUAUAUAAUAAUAGUGGUAACAUCUUUUUUCUUUUCUAAUCGCUUUGUAGACUUGUUACUUAGUUACUUGAUAUCUGAUACAGCUAAAAGCAAGGCAAAUAAUGGUUUGUUCAUUAUUUCGGCAGGUCCGUAACAUACCCAAGAAGUUACACCUGGCGCAUUUUAGCCAAGUUCUUGGCGUUAACCUUACCCAUGGAAACCUUGGCGGCCUUCUGCCCUUUUUUGUGGAUCCAUCCGUUUCACAGCAGAAGGAGGAAGUGCCUGACCAGUCUGAAGCCAAGGAAAGUAACUCUGCGCCUUCUGAUAUCGCGAAAGAUGUUACAACCAAGGGCGAGAAUAUGUUUUCGGGUAUAUUUUCAGAUACUAGCCUUUUUGAUGAUGGCACGGAGCCUCCCGUUAAGAUUAUUGAGAAUAAAGAAGGAAUAGAGAAAGGGCUAGAGGAAGGAUUAGUAGAGGCCAACAAGAAUGCAUCGAGUUCCCAGGACUCAACGGACACAGGGUUCAGUGAGUCACAGACAAAAGAGGAGACUGGGGAGAGUGGCGAAGGUCAAAAUCAUGAAAUGAAGACAGGCAUCGCUGUUAAAACAGGAAGUGAACUUGUUCACCGGAAGCCAUCCCAAGGUAUAUGUCAAACUGAACAUGUAAAUAUACCGUAUUUCCUCGAAUAAUAGCCUUCCAUCGAUUAAUCGCCUCCCUCGGACGGAAAUAUUUAAAAUAAUCGCAUUCCUCGAAUAAUCGCCUCCCCUCUGCUCCUCCCACCAUCUUAUCUUCCUUUUAUCCCCUCCCUGUCAAGUGUAAGUGCAAGGUGAUCCAGCAAAACUGAUAAGUGACGAUUGAAGCUGUGAAAAUUAAUCAAGGAACUAAAUUUGGAACACUUAAAAAACCCACGUUCAGUUAGCCGAGUUUGAUGUGAAUAUUUUUUUUAUUUAAUGGAAUAAUAAAACAAAAUACUUUCUGGGCACGACUUCCAGUGAGCAAUAUUUGAAAUAAUCGCCUUCCCUCGAAUAAUCGCCCCCUUUUUGUGCGAAAAAAGAAAUAAUCUCCCCCGGCUAUUAUUCGGGGAAAUACAGUAGAGCCAAAACGUUGUUUGGUGCAUUCAGCUUUUCAUUGUAAUAGCUCUGUGAAAAAGAUCUCGUAGUCUUGCUUUUUUAGUUUUGUCAAACAUGGACUGUCAAACUCAUCGUUCCGUUUUCUUUUCAGGUGAAAAAUUAACCAGCAAAGCUCUUGAAAUCUUUGCACAGUGUGCAGAAAGCAUGUCAUUUGCUGACGCCUAUUGUCCAAACCUUUCUAACACCCAGUCCAACUCGGCGCGGUUUGGCUUGUGGGGAGCUCAUUUGAAACGUGGACUUACAGACGAACACGUGACUGUGGAGGAGUCAAGCGACUGGCUGGCUUGUGAAACGCGUUCAUCUAUCCGUGGGGCGUUGGAAGUAGCCAAUUUAGAUGAUUGUUUUGUCAAAGUUAAGUCUUUGUCUGAAGAUCGUACAGAAACUGGAAAUUCUCCCGUCGAAGAAAUCACAGGAGAUCAAACCUCCACAGGCAAAAGUGUGCUAUGUGACUUGGAAAGAUUAUCAUCAGAUUUUCCUCCACGUGAUUUCAAUUCUGCAGUGUGUUUGGAUGCAGUCACUCAGGCACAAAAGAGGUAAGAUGUUAGCACAAAAGUCCUUAAGACAGUGGUGCAAAAUUCGUAAUAAUCUGUGAAUUGUGGGUGCCCUCAUGAAACAGUGCCAGUGCUUCAUUUUGGAAAAUGCUUUGCAGUUCUCCUUGCCUCCAUCUUAUACAAUGUUGAAACUCGGAAAAAAGAAAGGUCUGGAUAAACCUGUCCAACGUUGCUUGUGGGUUGGGAGGAGUGGUUAGGCAUGUGUGAUUUCUAAAAAGUAUUGUCCUAAGACUUUUGUCCAAGACUGUAUCUAGCUAGCUCAGUAGAUUGUUAGUUAGUCAGUAAGUAAAGUAGUAAAGACUUCGUUGUUGUCUCUUUUUUUUUUAAUGUUAAUGACCACAAAAAGAUGAUUAAAACUGGUUUGGCGACAAAUCAAAAUAAUAAACCAAAUGGCAUUUAAGUAUUUGGCAGCUCCAAGAUUUUAUCCAGAAUUACAAACUAACUGAUAAUGAGUUGUUUUUGCUUUUGUUAGUUCAACUGCAAGUCGACGGAAACUUUACAGUUCCCUGAGUUCAUGCAUCCCCGUUGUUAACCACUGUAACCAUUGCGGUGUAGUAUGUGACUACAUUCCCACCUUUCGCCUGCUUUGUCACUCUGAAAGACUCCGAGAGGCAGCUCAUAUCAAAAGAAGGUAUGGCAAUUCCUUUAAUGACUUUUGCUUUGUCAUUAUUAGGGCCGUUUUUAGGAGGAAGUAUAAAACGCGUCCUUAAUAAGGGUGGAUUUCCACUGUCGCGUAAUUUUACGUGCGUACGCGCGUAAAAUUUAUGUGCGUAAAUACAAAAGAGGUAAUGUGUGAAGAGUCGCGCGUAAACGUAAGAGUUGAAACUCGCUCGACUCUUACGUCUGUACGCAACACUUCAUACGUUGUCUCUAUUUCAUUUACGUGCGUACGCACGUAAAUUACGCGACAGUGGGAAUCCACCUUAAGGGCCUUUUUACAUGGAGUGGGGGACCCCGGUCUAGUGGGGUUGGUUUCUUUUGUUUUCACGCUCUGGGAGACACAAAACAAAAGAACCCUACCCCACUAGACCGGGGUACCCCACUCCAUGUAAACAGGGUCUAAGACGCAAACUCGUAUAAAUGGCACAUUUCUUUUGAAAUAAGACUCGAUUAGCUAAGACGCGUGUUAUCUAAGAACAACCGUUAACACCUGUUCUUAGAUAAGUCGCGACUUGGCUAAGACGCAUCUUAUUUCAGACGAAAUGUGUCGUUUAUACGGGACAGUCUGCGCCUUAUUUGGGACGCUUCUUAUUUUUACUCGUAUAAAUGGCCCUAUUGUAUAAAACAUUGCUGACGGAAUUUAAACAAGUUUGUCCAAUUUUCACGGUUAUUCAACAUUAACGGGCGCAACUCGUCAGAAGCAGGGCUAAUUUAGGCGGGAAGGGCACACCUAGUCUGUCAGCAGUUUUCAGUUGUCCUUGAAAAGUCAGUCGAACUGCCCUGCCACUUUCUGUUGUUUCGCUAGUAGUCACGUGCCGUUUCUUGACCAGUCAGAAGUAACUCAGUAGUCAUGACGUGUACGCGCUCUUUUUCCCGCUCCUGAGACCGGCAACUUCUAUUUUUGUUAAAAUUCUGGUUGGCUCAGAUGAUUGACUUAGCUUGUCGUGAUUGGUUAAUAGAGAGGAGAGGUGUGACGUCAUGUGACCAUGGUAGCAAAAUUUCUAGAUCUCAACAGUCUUUCUUGACAGAGAUGGCUAUCAUUGGCAUUGUCGAACGAUGGAAGAAAAGUAUGGGCUCCCGUUUGCGCAAUCAUGCACAGGAAAGUCAUACAAGUCUAUUUUUUCGUUUUUUUUUCCCUGCCAUAUUUGCAGGACCAUGCUACCAUGGCAACAGAACGUAACGACUUCUCCUUUCUAUUGCUUUAGAUGUAGUUUUAAGUCCUAAACUGUAAAGUAUGUUUUUCCUUUGCUAGAUUCCUUCAUUAUCUGGACUCUAAUUCGUUCCCCAUUAACCGUGCAACCAUGGAUGCCUUAGCCGACUCUUACAUGGUUUCUUAA